UCCGAGCCAGGUGCUAUUGCAAAGCCAGAGCGCACAGCCCGGCGGAGAGGGAGACUCCUGCUCAGAGCUAGCGACACCACGACCUAGACGAAGGACGAAGAGUGGCUCCAGGCACUGGUCCUCGAGUUGCCCCCGAGUCCUACAGGCGCCCCAGAAUCCUUGUUCCCGCAGCAGUCACUCAGCAGCGUUUGCUGUGCAGUGUCUCCAACGCUACUGGAAGAAAACCUUCCCGCGCGCCGGCAAAACCGCAGCGUCUCACUUUAAGUGACUCUGGAAGGUUCGGUUUUAGCCGGCUCUGCGGGCAGUUAAAUAACAGUAAUUGUUAACUUGAACAACCCAGAGCGGGGCCAGUGAAGCUUUGCUCUUCUGACCAGAACAAAAGCUUUCCCUCGCUGAGUGCGCUGCAGUGCGCAAUGUCUCCUCGGGCUCCGAUGCACCGAGCGGUCCCUGUAGGGUCACGAAGGCACACGCCGGGCGGCGACAUGGAGAACGCGGAGCGGGACUCUCGGCCUGCACCCAUGCUGUUGCUGUUACUCACGGCCGCCGUAGUGCUGCUGUCUGUGCCGGGCGCGCACGGGCGCCCCGCGGAGGAGGACGAAGAGCUGGUGCUGCCGGUGUUGGAGCGCGCCCCGGCACCGGGGAACACGCGCCUCCGCCUGGACGCCUUUGGCCAAGAGCUGCACCUGAAGCUGCGGCCCGAUCGCGGCUUCUUAGCGCCUGGCUUCACACUCCAGACCGUGGGGCGCAGACCCGGGUCCGAGGCGCAGCGUGUAGAGCUCGCCGGAGACCUGGGGCACUGCUUCUAUUCCGGCACGGUAAAUGGUGACCCAAACUCGGCCGCCGCCCUCAGCCUCUGCCAAGGCGUGCGCGGCGCCUUCUACCUGCAGGGAGAGGAGUUCUUCAUCCAGCCCGCGCCAGCUGCUGCCUCUGAGCGCCUCGCCCCCGCCGCCGCCGAGGAGGAGCUGCAGGCGCGGCCACAGUUCCAUCUCCUGCGGCGGAGGCGGCGGGGCGGCGGCGGCGCCAAAUGUGGAGUCACGGACGAUGAGACCCUGCCCGCCAGGGGCGCAGGACCAGAGAGCGAGGACGCCGGGGCUCAGGGGCCACUGCAGGACCGCAAUCCGCAACGCGCGGGCCGACCAACAGGAACUGGAAGCAUAAGAAAGAAGCGAUUUGUGUCCAGUCCUCGCUAUGUGGAAACCAUGCUUGUGGCAGACCAGUCAAUGGCAGAGUUCCAUGGCAGUGGCCUAAAGCAUUACCUUCUCACCUUGUUCUCCGUGGCAGCCAGGUUGUACAAACAUCCCAGCAUUCGGAAUUCAGUUAGCCUGGUGGUGGUGAAGAUUUUGGUUAUCUACGAGGAACAGAAGGGACCAGAAGUGACUUCCAAUGCUGCCCUCACUCUGCGGAACUUCUGCAACUGGCAAAAGCAGCACAACCCGCCCAGUGACAGGGAUGCAGAGCACUAUGACACAGCAAUUCUUUUCACCAGACAGGACUUAUGUGGGGCCCAGACAUGUGAUACUCUUGGAAUGGCUGAUGUUGGAACUGUGUGUGAUCCCAGCAGAAGCUGCUCCGUCAUAGAAGAUGAUGGUUUACAGGCUGCCUUUACCACAGCCCAUGAAUUAGGCCACGUGUUUAACAUGCCACAUGAUGAUGCAAAGCAGUGCACCAGCCUUAAUGGUGUGAAUCAAGAUUCCCACAUGAUGGCAUCAAUGCUUUCCAAUUUGGACCGAAGCCAGCCUUGGUCUGCAUGCAGUGCCUACAUGAUUACAUCAUUUCUGGAUAACGGUCAUGGGGAAUGUUUGAUGGACAAGCCCCAGAAUCCAAUCCAGCUUCCAUCUGACCUCCCUGGCACCUUGUAUGAUGCCAACCAACAGUGCCAGUUUACAUUUGGAGAGGAGUCCAAGCACUGCCCAGAUGCAGCCAGCACGUGCACCACGUUGUGGUGCACUGGCACUUCUGGUGGGUUGCUUGUGUGCCAAACCAAACACUUCCCUUGGGCAGACGGCACCAGCUGUGGAGAAGGGAAAUGGUGUGACAAUGGCAAGUGUGUGAACAAGACGGACAAGAAGCAUUUUGAUACUCCUGUUCAUGGAAGCUGGGGACCAUGGGGGCCUUGGGGAGACUGUUCAAGAACCUGUGGUGGAGGAGUUCAGUAUACAAUGAGGGAAUGUGACAACCCAGUCCCAAAGAACGGAGGAAAGUACUGUGAAGGCAAACGAGUGCGCUACAGGUCAUGUAAUAUUGAAGACUGUCCAGACAAUAAUGGAAAAACCUUUAGAGAGGAACAGUGUGAAGCGCACAAUGAGUUUUCAAAAGCCUCCUUUGGAAGUGGGCCCGCAGUGGAGUGGAUGCCCAAGUAUGCUGGCGUUUCACCAAAGGACAGGUGCAAGCUCAUCUGUCAAGCCAAAGGCAUCGGUUAUUUCUUCGUGUUACAGCCUAAGGUUGUAGAUGGUACUCCCUGUAGUCCAGACUCCACUUCUGUCUGCGUGCAAGGACAGUGUGUGAAAGCUGGUUGUGAUCGCAUCAUAGACUCCAAAAAGAAGUUUGAUAAAUGUGGUAUUUGUGGAGGGAAUGGAUCUACAUGCAAGAAAAUAUCAGGAUCAGUUACUAGUGCAAAACCUGGGUAUCAUGACAUCGUCACAAUUCCCGCUGGAGCCACAAACAUUGAAGUGAAACAGCGGACUCAGAGGGGAUCCAGAAACAAUGGCAGUUUUCUUGCCAUCAAAGCUGCUGAUGGCACAUAUAUCCUGAAUGGUGACUUCACUUUGUCAACCCUAGAGCAAGACAUUACAUACAAAGGUAUUGUCUUAAGGUACAGUGGUUCCUCCUCAGCACUGGAAAGAAUUCGCAGCUUUAGCCCGCUCAAAGAACCCUUAACCAUCCAGGUUCUUACUGUGGGCAAUGCCCUCCGGCCUAAAAUUAAAUACACCUAUUUCGUGAAGAAGAAGAAGGAAUCUUUCAACGCAAUCCCUACAUUUUCAGAAUGGGUCAUUGAAGAGUGGGGUGAAUGUUCUAAGUCAUGUGGAUUGGGUUCGCAGAGAAGAUUGGUAGAAUGCCGCGACAUUAAUGGUCAGCCUGCUUCCGAGUGUGCAAAGGAAGUGAAGCCAGCCAGCACCAGACCUUGUGCAGACCUGCCUUGCCCACACUGGCAGCUGGGGGAUUGGUCACCAUGUUCCAAGACUUGUGGGAAGGGUUACAAAAAGAGAACCUUGAAGUGUCUGUCCCAUGACGGGGGAGUGUUGUCUCAUGAGAGCUGUGAUCCUUUAAAGAAACCUAAGCAUUACAUCGACUUUUGUACAAUAGCAGAAUGUAGUUAAGCAGUGUCAGUGUUGGAAGGGAGUGUGGAAGGGCUGAUGCGCUGAAAUCCAGAAUGCUGGAAGGAUCCAGUGUAUCUAGCCAGUAUCCAGUGAGGUGUGUCAAUAAAGGGGGAAUGUGGAGGAGAUAGAAAAGCAGUGAGAUCAUAAGAAUAUCCUGCCAGUUACAAAUUCCAUAGGGUAGUUAAUGAGGAUUACUAGCCUCUGAUCAGUGAUAUAGCAUGGUAAAGCCCCAGGGUAUUAUUAUUAUUUCUUUUGUUACAUCUAUUAUAGAAACAGUUGUCAAAAUAAGUCAGAAAUAUCGCAAGCCUAUUUCCUGGUACUGAUUAAAUGCUCUGUGUCAUGGGAAUUGGGAAAAGAAAAAAAGAUAUUUCAGAUAAGACAUACAAAAGGUUUGCUUUACCUCACUGACAAUGGUGGGGAGAAAGAAUUACAAACAGGAUCUUUGAUCAGUCUCAGAAUGUUCAUACAUCUUUAUAUCAAAAGUCAGAGAAUUCACCUUGUUCAACAUGAGAAAAAGGCUCCAUAAAGUGGUCUAUAGUUCCUUCUUUACCUUAUACCAUCUCAGUUUUUAUCUGUGUAAUUCAUUUUGAGGAAGAAACAAUUCAUAUUUAUAAUAAUAACAUCAAGUCUAAAAAAGGCAAAAACUAGCAGCAAAGUAGUACUAGGUGCUAGCUAGCAACAGUAAGGGAGGCACAAUGAGCUUGAUGCUUCCAACCUUACUUUCUUCCUUAUGUAAACCUACUUUGGGAAUGUGAUUGCAAAAAAAUAAUUUAUGUCUCAAGAAAGUCAGUAAGAUCACACAAACAGGAUGUAAUGCCAGAACAAGAAUGGGGUUGUGUAGAGCAAGGUCCCGUGGUUAUGGAGACAUUGGGAUCACUUGUUUCAUGGUGGGGAGACUGCUGAGGGGUAGCAGGUCCAUCUCCAGCAGCUGGUCCAACAGUCGCAUCCUGGUGAAUGUCUGUUCAGCUCCUCUACUGAGAGAGAAUAUGACUUUUUCCAUAUGUAUAUAGUAAAAUAUGUUACUAUGAAUUAUAUGUACUUUAUAAGUAUUGGGUUGUGUCUUCCUUCUAAGAAGGACUAUAGUUUGUAAUAAAUGCCUAUAAUAACAUAUUUAUUUUUAUACAUUUAUUUCUAAUGAUAAAACUUUUAAGUUAUAUCACUUUUGUAAAAGUGCAUAUAAAAAAUAGAGUAUUUAUACAAUAUAUAUUACUAGGAAUAAUAAAAGAACACUUUUG